AUGGCUCGAAGAAAUUUAUAUUGUUUCAUUCUAGGCGACUAUGUUAGGGGUGUUUUUCCGGCUACUAUUAGUGAAGUAACUCACGUCAAAGGUAGUGAUAUCCCAUUUAAAGAUUUUACUGUUGCGUACCUCAAGGACUUAAUCUGGGAGCUGAGAGAAGAUAUUCUUAGUAGCUCUAACGUGGAUCUUUGGAAGGUUGAGAUUGAAGAAACUGAUAAUAUCAUAAAAAAACUUGAAAAUAUUAAAACUGAUAUUCAAGCAGAAUUUGGCGGUGUUAAGUUGUCUAGGAUGACUCAAUCGAUUAAUACAAUUUUCUUAGAUAAUCCUCCAGUGGGCAUCCACAUAAUCGUACAACUGCCCGCCACCACUGGCAAAAGGAAAGCAGAAGAUUCGGACGAGGGAAAUGAGAACCAAGCCAAAAAGGGAAAACUAACACAACUCGAACAGAAAGAUGCGGAAAAGAUAAUAAAUCUUAUUGAUAACUUAAACACGAUCGACACAAAUCAACCAAUAUUCAGAGUGCCACCAUUGCCAGGCGAUAGUGAAUAUACAACUAUAUAUAAUCGACAGUGUUAUCCUUAUUUCCGCGAAUUUAUAUUCAAUGAUAAAGACUUCAAGCGAUAUUUUAUCACCGGAAACCCUGGAAUCGGGAAGACAUAUUUUGGAAGAUUAUUGCUAGUUACGCUUCUUAAGAAAGGAAAGACGGUUCUUAUGGAUCAUAAAGAUUUCACAUUAUAUAUAAAUCCUAAAGAAAAAAUGACGUUUAUAGUGAAUACUGACGAAUACAAACUAUUCGCACAAGAUUCAGAUACGUGGUGUAUAAUCGAUGAGAGGAAACCCCAAAUCAGUCAUGAUUUUAAUGUCGGAAAGCUUAUAAUGGUAUCUUCUCCCAAAAAAGAAUUAAUUAAAGAUUUUGUUAAAGCAUCGAAGUGCAAAAGUAUGUAUAUGCCAGUAUGGGAAAAAGAUGAGGUAUUAGACUAUUGUGAGCUUCUUAAAAUUGAUAGUAUAACAUUAGUGAUGGAAAAGUUCAAGCUAUGUGGUGGAAUAGCAAGGUUGAUUUUUGAUCCUAGUAUGAAUCUGAAAUGCAUUGAAAAGAUUAUUGAGCGUGCAGUUACAUCAAUCGAUUCAAAAAUACUCGAUUAUCAAGGUAAAACUGUGAAUGGUGACGAGCUUACUCACAAAUUAAUACAUAUACACACAAAUCUCCCAUCUGAUGAUGAGGAAGAUCCAUAUACUGAUUCUAUCUACUACUUCGCUUCAGAACACGUUGCAAAUUUUUGUUUGGAAAAAUUAAAAAAGGAUAAUAAUAAGGAAUUGCGCAAAUUUAUGAAUAAUGCAAAAGAUAUAUCGGAAAUGGGAAGUCUCCGCGGACAGUUAUUUGAAAUGAUAUGUCAUGUGAUUCUUCGUAGUGGUAAGGACUUCUCAGUACGUGAACUUCCAAAUGGGCAUGUUGAAACUAAGAACUUUGGAAUCCUAGAAGAGGAUUAUUAUUCUUAUUGUUGA